AUGCGUCUUGAGUUAAUGACAUACAUGUUGCUAGCAGUCUUAUGUACAGAACACGAAGAUAACAUAAAUUGUUGUGUCACAGAGGACAUCAGUGAGUUAGCCGAGCCGAAAUUGUCCAACAGCUCACAAGAACAAUCUACGUGUUAUAAUUCCAGCUCGUCGGACUAUUUGACGCUCACGUGGAACAUGCCGUACCCGGUCACGUGGGUUAGAGUAAGAACCAAAGAACCAGCAACACUAGACAGCAUGACAGUAUUGUACAAAAGCAAACUGGAAUCGAAAUCAUGGAGCAACUUUUCAGAGAAAGUAAUAUUCCCAGAUUUUAAUACAACCGAUUUUUUCUACACAAAGGCAAAGAUGGUUGUGACGUUACAGUUAAUCAUUGACCGGCGGAUAAUUUGUCGCGUAUACGUCACAGGAGGGCGCAACAUUGCACUAAAGCAGGAGACGAAACAAUCCAGCAUUUACUCCGAUACGUCUUGUGACCAAUCCUGCUCCUACCCACAGAAUGCAGUAGACGGCUACCGAGCCAACAACCUGUACCAAAAAAGUUGUACACAUUCUCACUUACAAAAAACGUUUCCAACUUGGGAGGUGUCUCUGAAGCCUUCCAUGUUGGUGAACAGAUAUCAGCUGUACAAUAGAGAUGGGUUCCAGCACCGACUUCAGAAUUUUCGUCUCACCAGCUACGACAACAAGGAUCAGCCUGUGUUUGAGUACAAGGAUUACUCCUCAAGUCCACGGAGUGUGUAUAUUGUGACGUCAAACUCUUCCCUGGUUGUGUCCCGUGUUGUCAUAGCAGCCGAGGGACCAGACCACUACUCUCGAUUAUACAUCCUUACGCUGUGUGAGGUGGAGAUUUAUGGAGAACCUGACUGUCCGGCUGGUUACUACGGCCUGGACUGUGAGAAGAGAUGCAACUGUAAGAAUAAAACAGAAGUUUGUGUGGUCAGCACAGGUGGAUGUGUCUCCGGUUGUCCAGCUGGUCUAUACGGCGAUGGUUGCUAUUUGGAAUGUGGAAAUGGUUUGUAUGGUGACAACUGUAAAAACAGAUGCAGUGAAAAAUGUUUAAACAACUUGUGUGAUCCAAUUAGUGGUUUCUGUUAUUCUUGCAAGGAAGGAUCCACGGGUAGUCUAUGUGAAAACAGUUGUCCACUCUUCACCUACGGUUUGAAUUGUAGUCUAGAUUGUAGCAUGACUUGUAGUGGCGACUGGACGUGUGAUAAGGUAACAGGUCAUUGUCAA